GUGGCGCAGCGCGCUCCCGCCGGCGGCGCGCGGCGCUGGGAGCGAGGCCGAGCCGGGCGGAGGCGGCGGCUGCGGAGGAGACGGGCGGAAAAUGGCGGACAGGUUCUCCCGCUUCAACGAGGACCGGGACUUCCAGGGUAAUCACUUUGAUCAAUAUGAAGAAGGACACUUGGAGAUUGAACAGGCAUCUCUAGACAAGCCAAUAGAAUCGGAUAAUAUUGGACACCGCUUACUCCAGAAACAUGGGUGGAAGCUGGGCCAGGGAUUGGGAAAAUCACUUCAGGGUAGAACAGAUCCCAUCCCUAUCGUCGUCAAGUAUGAUGUCAUGGGCAUGGGCCGGAUGGAAAUGGAGCUUGAUUAUGCCGAAGAUGCCACUGAACGGAGGCGUGUACUGGAGGUGGAGAAAGAAGACACCGAAGAGCUGAGGCAGAAGUAUAAGGAUUAUGUCGACAAAGAAAAGGCAAUUGCCAAGGCCCUGGAAGACCUCCGAGCAAACUUUUACUGUGAACUCUGUGACAAGCAGUAUCAAAAACAUCAAGAGUUUGACAACCACAUAAACUCUUAUGACCAUGCUCAUAAACAGGAAGGAACUCAAGAUUAUUGCGAAUCAGGGACAAUAGCUGAUGUGUUGAAAGCAAAUCCUUCUAAUUUUGGAGUCCAGAUCACAAGAAGGCUGAAAGAUCUCAAGCAAAGGGAAUUUGCUCGCAAUGUCUCUUCAAGAUCGCGUAAAGAUGAGAAGAAGCAAGAGAGAGCCCUCCGGCGUCUACACGAACUGGCUGAGCAGAGAAAGCAAGCUGAAUGCGCUCCUGGAAGUGGGCCCAUGUUCAAAACGACCACUGUGGCUGUAGAUGAAGAAGGUGGUGAUGAUGAUAAUGAUUCAGCAGCUUACAGCAGUUCUUCCAUGCAAACAACUUCUAGCCAGGCCACAGAAAUAACCACGGACAGGGGGGUCAUUCUGAACACUGGACAAGUCAGCAGCACUGUUCUGUCAGGCCAAAUGCCAGUCCAGGCAACACAGGCAAUCAGUUUUGGCCUUAAGAAUAAUUUGGGAACUCCACUGCAGAAGAUAGGAGUGUCGUUCUCAUUUGCCAAGAAGGCUCCAGUAAAGCUUGAGUCUAUAGCGUCUGUUUUCAAGGACCAUGUGGAGGAAUCUAAUCCUGCAGAUGGAACAAAAACUGAGGAGAGAGCCUCCUCUGAUCAAGGGACUUUGCAGAAGACUGGUGAGGCCGAGCCCACAAAUAGUCCUGACAACAGAGUUGAAGAUGAUGACCAGCACGAAAAAGACAAUGGAUCUCUUGCCACUACAUUAUCUAAGUUAAAAAAGAUGAGAAGAGAAGAUGGACCAGUGCCGCUAGAGCCAGAAUAUUACCAUUAUAUUCCCCCAGCCCAUUGUAAAGUAAAACCUAACUUUCAGUUCCUGCUUUUCAUGAAGUCCACAGAGCAAAUGGAAGCAGAAAAUGCAAGCAAAAAAACAGUGCAUGAAAGUAAAAAGAGUAAUUCUCCAAAACCCAAAGCUGGCAAGCACACAGAAAAGACAGCUGAGUGCACUGUGCAGCAGAAGGAGCCAAGUACAACUGAACUUACAGAUCAGAGAAGCAAAACAGAAGCAAAAGAAAUUCCAGAAAAUGCAAAUGUACAAGAAAGCAAGCAGUCUACAGAAAGCAAUCCCCCAGAACAAGACACUACUAAAGAAGCCAUUCAGCCUGUCCCUGGUCGUAAAGAAGUCACCGAGGGACCGAAGCAUCCAAUGGGACCCUUUUUCCCAGUUUUGAGUAAAGAUGAAAGCACUACUUUGCAGUGGCCUUCAGAACUUCUGAUAUUCACCAGGGCAGAGCCAUCUGUUUCAUACAGUUGUAAUCCCUUGUAUUUUGAUUUUAAGCUGUCACGCAACAAAGAUGCUAAAGCAAAAGGAGCAGAAAAACCGAAAGACACAUUAGGUCUUUCUAAGGAAAAUAUACAGUCCACAGAAUUUAGUGACAUAAGCAAAAGUAAGGAAAGAGGAAGCACAGCUAACAGUUCCGCUGCAAAACCAGAAAAUAAACUGGUCUCUGUCUGUGGUACCCAGAGCAAGCAGGAGUCCAGCUUGGCAAGCAUUAGCAAACUGGAAGAAACAGAUGUCAGUAGUAAAACUCUAACCAAUAAAAAAGACAAGGCUGGGAAAUCCCACAAACAUAAAAAGAAAAAGAAGCACAAAAAGUCCAGCAAGCACAAACGUAAACACAAGGAAGAAGCUGAAGAGAAAAGCCGAAAAACUGACAUGAGGGAGGAGAAACCCAAGAAACGGAAAAAACACAAACACAAAAAAAGCAAAUCGUCUCUUCCUUCUGAAUCUGAGCGGGUGCUGAAACCUGACAUGCCCGACGAGGGGGGCCAUCUGCAGAAGAGAAAGCACUGCUUUCAGGACCCUCAGCGGAAACCACUCUCUGCCGAAGAGGGUACUAGUGGCAAAAAAGAGGACAGUGGUAACUCUUCCCAAGAGCACAGCAGCAAAAAACACAAGACUGACCUGCAGCAAUCAUCUUCUGCCUCAAAGAGGCGGUGUUCUGCUCCUUCUCUUGGCAGGUCCAGCUGUAGGAGCCGACAGAGUAGUGGGGACUAUGACAGUGAUGAAGGCUCUCACCGAAAAGACUUCCGACAGAAAUCAGUGUCACAGUACAGUGAUGAUUAUGACUCUGGUAGCGACCACUCCAGAAGCCGUUCCAGAUCAGGGCGAAGACAUUCUUCUCGCAGGUCCUCUCGAAGAUCAUACUCAACGAGUUCUGAUGGCUCUUCAGACCACAGUAGGUAUAGUCGCAGGAGAAGUUAUUCAGAUGAUAGCUAUAGUGACUACAGUGACAGAUCAAGGUGUCAUUCAAAGAGGUCUCAUGACUCAGAGGAUUCUGACUACAACAGCUCAAAACGCAGAUCAAAAAGGCACAAGUACUCCUCCUCAGAAGAUGACUACAGUCUAAGUAGAAGCAGGUCUAGAAGUCGGAGCAGGAGCCGAACCCACACUAGGGGAAGGUCGAGAACAAGAAGUCGGGGUAGAACACGGAGCAGCAGUUGCAGCCGCAGUCGAAGCAAGAGGAGAAGUCGGAGCAUAACUGGCCGCAGUUGGAAACGAAGCCGGAGCUACAGCAGAGAUCGCAGCCGGAGCACAAGAAGCCAUUCAGAGAGAUCUCUUUCAAGAAAGGGCUCUCGGGAUCAUGAGAGCCCUGAAGACAGGAGAUCUGGGCGAAGAGACUUCAUCAGAUCCAAAAUAUAUCGCUCGCAGUCUCCGCACUAUUUCAGGGCAGGCCGAAGUGAAGGGGCUUUGAAAAAAGAGAGCAGAGGAGAUGAAACAAAGGGAACUAGCUCUCUCCCCCAAAAUAGCUGUAGCUCUGGCUUGGGGAAAGCUCCUGAAAGUGACUGUGGUCCAGAAGAAAAGAAUUCAGUCACAGCAAAACUGCUACUAGAAAAGAUUCAGUCCAGGAAGGUUGAAAAGAAGCCCAGUGCUAAUGAUGAAAUGCUAACAGGGGCAAACAAGGUUGGGAUAAAACUUAAAGAUCCUCCACAGGGGUACUUUGGCCCUAAGCUUCCUCCCUCAUUAGGCAACAAACCAGUUCUCCCUUUAAUUGGGAAGCUCCCUACGAUCCGAAAACCAAAUGCCAAGAGGUAUGAAGAGUUGGGAGUAGAGAGGGGUGAGGAACAGGAGCUGUCGGAGGCUGAGGAAGUUCCCCAGGGUAGCGGGGAGAGUCAGUUGGCAGGCCAGCCUCUGCUGGAGGAGGAGGUGGUGGUGUUGCUGCAGGACAAACCCCUGGAAGAACAGAAACCUGCUGAACCUGCUGUGGAAACACCACCAAUUCCUCUUGAACCGCAGGCACUUCCCGAAUGCUACAGUUCUGGAGAGCUCGUUAUGCCGCACAGCUAUCUCUCUGAUCCCAAUGAUGGUGAUGUAUUAGAACCCGUGGAGAGUAGGAACCCACCUGUCCCUGUAGAAACCAGCAUGAUGCCUUUAGUUCCAGAUGUUGAACACUUUCCUGGUUACGUGACUCAGAGUGGGGAGCCAAGCAUUGACGGAGAGCCAGAAGGAGCAGAAGAUUCCUCCCUGGCACCACUUGAGAGCCAACCAAUCACUUUCACGCCUGAAGAAAUGGAGAAGUACAGUAAGCUUCAGCAAGCAGCUCAGCAGCACAUUCAGCAACAGCUUUUAGCAAAGCAAGUCAAAACCUUUCCUGCUUCAGCAGCGCUGGCCCCAGCAGCACCUGCUCUGCAACCUAUCCACAUUCAGCAGCCAGCAGCUGCAACAUCCAUCACCACUGUGCAGCAUGCCAUUCUGCAGCAUCAUGCCGCUGCGGCUGCUGCAGCCAUCGGAAUUCACCCCCACCCUCACCCCCAGCCUCUUGCUCAGGUUCAUCAUAUACCCCAGCCCCACUUGACACCCAUUUCAUUGUCCCAUUUAACCCACUCUAUUCUUCCAGGGCACCCUGCUACAUUUCUAGCCAGCCAUCCCAUACAUAUCAUUCCUGCGUCUGCUCUCCAUCCAGGUCCCUUUACCUUUCACCCUGUUCACCAUGCUGCUCUUUAUCCCACGCUUCUUGCCCCUCGACCUGCUGCUGCUGCAGCUGCUACAGCUUUACAUCUGCAUCCCUUGCUCCACCCCAUUUUCUCAGGUCAGGACUUGCAGCACCCUCCCAGCCAUGGCACCUGAAGAGAUGGUAACUCCGCCUCGGAGCGGAGACGUGCACGUUUCGAAAAGUCGGGUGACGGUGAUCCAGCAGACAGGUGAGGCCUGAGAAUUUCCUUUCACUCCUAACAGCCAUGGAAGUGGGGUCUGGCUUGAAGGCCAUAGAGAUGGUGCAGCGGUUCUGUUUUGUGCGUGUUGUGUGCAUUUGUUUACUAUUAGGGAUUUUCUCACGUUUCCCCAUCUGAGAGAACAUAUUCAUGUAGCACCAUCAUGGCCCAGAUGAAUCAUCUCAAAUUCAGACAGACAAGAUGCUUUGUGAAGCGCUUUUUUUCCUGUAUUCUUACGUCUUUAUUCAUCUUCCUUCUGCUCUCUUGUACAUUACACAGUGUUUCAUACUCUGGCUAAUGGCUCUCUCUCUCUCUCUCUCUCAAAUCCUUGUAAUGAGGUCAUCUAAUUAAAAUGGUCUACAUGAUUGAAUCCUGGUUGUAAUCAGUGAUGCUGCAUGCAUAAAACAUAUAAUAACUGACAGCUGUGUCCCGCCAAGGGGACUUUGCUGGAAGGGCAUAGCCACUCUUGGUUUUGCUGGGGCAGUGACCAGUUAGCAGACAUUGCAGAAGAGUUUUUGGUACCUGAUGUCACAUACCCCACUGUCUGACGUAAGCAGUGAAGGUGGAAAUAAGAUUUAAUUUUAAAGCUUUACUGAACAAAAGAGCUAACUGUGUUCAAAGCUUGGGCACUUCUCCAUCAUGCGUUAACAUUCUGCUCCCAGGUGAGGAUUGUGUGGUGAAGCCUUUUGUGUGAAACAGAGAGGUGUUCUUAGAUUGCUGGCUUGUGACUUUGGUCUAGGCUUUGACCACUGUACUAUUGAGAGAGAUCUUUCAUACUCCGAUCUCCCGAAGUGUUGUAAAAAGGAGGCAUUUGAGAAUGAAAAGAAAAUCCCUUCCUGAGUUGAAGCAAUACGGAGGACUGGAACCCAAUAACAAUCUGGAGAAAUUAACCAGAAUAUGUAAAGUGUAUUCUUUCCUCUGUAAUAUUGAUGUUUGUUUAUUAAUUUAUAGGAUUUUUUUAAAUGUAAAGACUUGCACUGAACUCUGUAAACGUAAAAAUGCUGCUUUUUGUAGCUCAUAUAAGAAAGGUUACACACUUGUAGUAUACUGCAAUGAUAUUUUUUACAGCCCGUUCUUUUAGUGGUACUUGUUCUGGUGGCUUUUGUGUAAAUAUGUUUGCUGUAGUUGAAAUAAAACACUUGUAAAGGUUAAACUAAUCGUUUCAGCUAGAUAUAAAAUGACUAAGCAUGUAUAUUUUAUCAAGCUCAUGUAUUUUUGGAGUUUUUAUGUACUAUAAAAUGUAAAAAAAAAAUCUUCAUUUAGCAUUUUGCAGAAGAAAAAUGUGAGAUUUGGAAUAAAUGCGGUGCAUUGAAGACA